AGCUGCCUGUGCUACGGCCGCUCGCUGCGGGGCGAGUUCGUGCACGACGACGUGUGGGCGAUCGCGAACAACCCCGACGUGCGGCCCGGCGCCCCGCUCCACUGGGGCAUCUUCGCCAACGACUUCUGGGGCAAGGGCCUGGCCGAGAACACCAGCCACAAGUCCUACCGGCCGCUCUGCGUCCUCACCUUCAAGCUAAACAUAUUUUUGACUGGCAUGAACCCAUUCUACUUUCAUGCAGUGAAUGUAAUAUUACACUGCCUAGUGACUCUUGUGCUGAUGUACACCUGUGAUAAAACCGUCUUCAAGAAUCGUGGACUUGCUUUUGUUACAGCAUUACUUUUUGCGGUGCAUCCUAUUCACACUGAAGCAGUGGCUGGGAUUGUUGGCAGAGCUGACGUGUUAGCGUGUCUGCUGUUUCUGUUGGCCUUUCUCUCCUACAAUAGGAGUCUGGGUAAGGGCUGUGUCGGGGAAUGCUUCCCUCCCACGGCUUCUCCCUUCUUCUUGCUGCUCAGUUUGCUUCUGGGGACCUGUGCAAUGCUGGUGAAAGAGACAGGCGUCACCGUGUUUGGAGUGUGCUUGGUUUAUGACCUCUUUUCCCUCUCCCACAAGCAAGAUAAGUCGAGCAACGGGGUCAUCCAUCAGCGCAGCCCGCAGCAGCCUGGGAGCCCCCAGCCCUCCUCACCGCCUGCCCACCCUCACCGGGAGAAUGGGAAGCAGCAGCGGUUCCCUCACAAAGGAACUUGGGGUGGCUGCCACCCUCCACUACCACCAGAACCCAAGAGCAGUGGGUUACCGGCAACCCCGCGAGCUGUGUGGUCCCUGAUGAGGUAUUUGACAGCAAGCAGCAAUAGAAAUUUCCUGCUUACCAUGAGACCAUUUUUUAAAAGAGCCGUAUUGGUCAUAAGUUAUGUGAUUGUCAUUUUGUACUUUCGUCUGUGGAUAAUGGGAGGAUCUAUGCCCCUCUUUUCAGAGCAGGAUAAUCCAGCCUCAUUUUCGCCUUACAUUCUUACAAGAUUCCUUACCUAUUCCUACCUCUUGGCCUUCAAUGUGUGGCUUCUGCUUGCACCUGUUACCCUGUGCUACGACUGGCAGGUCGGUAGUAUUCCUCUGGUAGAGACCAUAUGGGACAUGCGGAACCUAGCCACCAUCCUUCUGGCAGUUGUGAUGGCCUUAUUGAGCCUGCACUGCUUAGCAGCUUUUAAGAGACUGGAGCACAAGGAAGUUUUAGUGGGCAUGUUGUUCCUGGUGUUCCCGUUCAUUCCAGCCAGCAAUCUCUUCUUCAGGGUGGGUUUUGUGGUGGCGGAGAGAGUCCUUUACAUGCCUAGCAUGGGCUACUGCAUCCUUGUCGUGCAUGGAUUGAACAAGCUCUGCACGUGGCUGAAUCGAUGUGGGGCCACAACCCUGAUUGUGUCCACUGUGCUACUGCUGCUGCUUUUCUCCUGGAAAACUGUGAAACAGAAUGAAAUUUGGCUGUCAAGAGAGUCCCUGUUCAGGUAG